GCUAGACCUAUAUCCAGCGGACUCAGCCCAAUACUAGCCAUAGACACCCCUUGAUACAUUACCUUACAAACAAACUGGAAAAAGUAGCUCAAUAUGCCGCCUAAGUCAAAGACUGAUGACAAGACCUUUGGGAUGAAGAACAAGAAGGGAGGAAAGGCGCAAAAGUACUUGAACACGAUUUCCAAGCAGACGGCUACCAGCGGAAAGAGCAAGGAAGAGAUCGCCAAAGAAAAGGCCAAUGAAGCCAAGAAGAAGGAAAAGGAGAUGGCCUUGGCUCAAAAGAAAGCCGAGGCCGAGCUGUUCAAGACGGCACUCGUCCAGCCCAAGGUGCCGUUCGGUGUGGAUCCUAAGACGAUCAUGUGUGUCUUCUUCAAGGCCGGAGUGUGCGAGAAAGGCAACCGAUGCAAGUUCUCGCACGACAAGGAAGUCGAACGUAAAGUCAGCAAAGCCAACGUUUACACGGAUACUCGUGAGAAGAAGGACGAGAAGGCCACCGAUACAAUGGACAAGUGGGACGAGGAAAAGCUGCGAAAGGUCGUCUCGAGCAAGACUGGGAACCCCAAAACUACGACGGAUAUCGUGUGCAAGUACUUUAUUCAAGCUAUCGAGGAUCAGAAGUAUGGUUGGUUCUGGGAUUGCCCUAACGGUGUGGACUGCAAGUACCGUCACGCUCUACCACCCGGUUUCGUCCUGAAAUCGGAGAAGAAGGCAUUGGACGAGCUGGCCAAGAAGGACGUCAUCUCGCUGGAAGAUUUCGUCGAGACCGAGCGACACAAGCUGAAGGGACCGUUCACCCCGGUGACGCCCGAGACCUUUGCAAUCUGGUUGAAGCAGCGCGCCGACAAGAAGGCUGCCGAGGCCGAUGCCGCUCAGAAGGCCAAGGCCACCCAACGAGCUGCGGGACGCAUCAACGGAAUGAGUGGACGACACAUGUUCGAGUUUGGUGGGGUCCAGGAUGAAGAGGAGGGCGAGGAUGAGGAUUGGGAUAUCCAGCGAUACCUGGCCGAUCGGGACCGAGAUGGCCGAGCAGAGUCUGUGGCGGGCGACGAGCAAGGUUACCGAGAAGGAGCCGACGAUGGCGAGGAUGAGGAUGAUGAUGACAACGAAGAUGGCCGGCAAGAGAACGAUGGCGAGGACGAGCAGGGUCAGGGUGAGAACGGCGGGAGUUCGGGCGAUGGGGAGGCUGCAGCUGGGAAUGGGGUGGCAGGUUCCGAAGGCAAAAAGGCGGGGCUGAGUGAUCAGGAGGUGAAAGGGGCGGUGGACAAGAUGGAACAGGUCCGCCUGGCUACGUGAGAUCGAGGUCUUUGUCUGUCAACGAUUGACGGUUCUAGGCCUCUCCAAGCCCAGUCGAGAAGGGGACGGAUUGUAACACGCCUGUGACAUCAAUAUGGAAUACGCUUUCUUAUGCCA